AUGGGCCCUGGUUUGGUCGCGCGGCGGCGAGGCGCCUGUGCGCAGUGGCAGUUUGUUGUGCCGCGGGCCGCACAACGACGGCGGGAUCGAGUCCCGCCACGGUUCAAGCGGUGGGUUGGUAAACCCGGCGGCGCGGCACCAGGCAACAGUAGGGGCGUGUCCACGACGCGCUGUCGCGCCUGGCGGUGUGUGAUGGGCCCUGGUUUGGUCGCGCGGCGGCGAGGCGCCUGUGCGCAGUGGCAGUUUGUUGUGCCGCGGGCCGCACAACGACGGCGGGAUCGAGUCCCGCCACGGUUCAAGCGGUGGGUUGGUAAACCCGGCGGCGCGGCACCAGGCAACAGUAGGGGCGUGUCCACGACGCGCUGUCGCGCCUGGCGGUGUGUGAUGGGCCCUGGUUUGGUCGCGCGGCGGCGAGGCGCCUGUGCGCAGUGGCAGUUUGUUGUGCCGCGGGCCGCACAACGACGGCGGGAUCGAGUCCCGCCACGGUUCAAGCGGUGGGUUGGUAAACCCGGCGGCGCGGCACCAGGCAACAGUAGGGGCGUGUCCACGACGCGCUGUCGCGCCUGGCGGUGUGUGAUGGGCCCUGGUUUGGUCGCGCGGCGGCGAGGCGCCUGUGCGCAGUGGCAGUUUGUUGUGCCGCGGGCCGCACAACGACGGCGGGAUCGAGUCCCGCCACGGUUCAAGCGGUGGGUUGGUAAACCCGGCGGCGCGGCACCAGGCAACAGUAGGGGCGUGUCCACGACGCGCUGUCGCGCCUGGCGGUGUGUGAUGGGCCCUGGUUUGGUCGCGCGGCGGCGAGGCGCCUGUGCGCAGUGGCAGUUUGUUGUGCCGCGGGCCGCACAACGACGGCGGGAUCGAGUCCCGCCACGGUUCAAGCGGUGGGUUGGUAAACCCGGCGGCGCGGCACCAGGCAACAGUAGGGGCGUGUCCACGACGCGCUGUCGCGCCUGGCGGUGUGUGAUGGGCCCUGGUUUGGUCGCGCGGCGGCGAGGCGCCUGUGCGCAGUGGCAGUUUGUUGUGCCGCGGGCCGCACAACGACGGCGGGAUCGAGUCCCGCCACGGUUCAAGCGGUGGGUUGGUAAACCCGGCGGCGCGGCACCAGGCAACAGUAGGGGCGUGUCCACGACGCGCUGUCGCGCCUGGCGCGGCUUCCGCCUGUCCUGCUGCCCCUCCACGCUGCCUGCACUGACCCCGCCUUCGCCCCUCGUGCCUGGAAGGCCGCACAACGACGGCGGGAUCGAGUCCCGCCACGGUUCAAGCGGUGGGUUGGUAAACCCGGCGGCGCGGCACCAGGCAACAGUAGGGGCGUGUCCACGACGCGCUGUCGCGCCUGGCGGUGUGUGA